UCAUUGGCCUCGAUCGAUUUUAAGGGCGGUUACUGGGACAUUUUGGUUUGAUCACUGAAGGAUUUAGCAAAUUUUAUCCAGCAAAUUUAAGCAGCAACUCUGGACGUCAUCUACUAGACUAACAAAUAAAAUACUUUACCAUAUUGGAAACACAAGUCAUUGGUAUGAUGUCAUGUUUAUAGAAAAUUUGGCAAAUAAUAUCGCUAAAGAGCGAUGCCAUUUCAAGAUACCAAAUUUUCUGUCAACGAUCCUGGCGGAGUGAAUCAGUUGGGUGGAGUGUUUGUCAAUGGUCGACCUCUACCUGAUUACAUGAGACACCGUAUUAUAGAACUGGCGCAAUGCGGAGUAAGACCUUCAGAGAUUUCUAGACAACUGUUAGUUUCUCAUGGCUGUGUUAGCAAAAUUCUUGGACGUUAUUAUGAAACAGGAUCAGUAAGACCUGGAGCUAUUGGAGGCAGCAAGCCAAAAGUUGCAACGCCAAAAGUGGUAUGUCGAAUUGUCAAAUUAAAAGAGGAAAACCCUUGCAUGUUUGCUUGGGAAAUUCGUAAUUCGUUGUUAGCAGAAGGAAUAUGCGAUAACGGCAAUGUUCCUAGCGUAAGUUCUAUUAAUAGAAUACUGCGCAACCACGCUGCAGAAAAAGAAACUAAAGAAGCAAAAUACAAGCAAGAAGAACUUUCAAAAAACAAUAGCUUUGGAAUGAUGAACGGAUUUACUUUUGGAAAUUUUGGACCUUUUAAUGGUCUUAAUGCUAUAACCUCAAACCAGCCAGAUCAAAAUAAUUACGGACAAUUUCCAUUUGCUUUUAACACUGGUUUUCCGAUGUUAAGUAACCCUAUGCAACAGCAGCAACAACAGUUAAUAAAUUUACCAGUAAAUCAACUCUCCCCAGAUAGAAAAUAUAAAACCAAUAACGAAGCUUUACAGCACAUGGCUAAUCAGCAUUUUCAUGAACAAGCCAUGCAAAACAGACUUUGUAACGACUUACCACCCCCACUCGAAGAAACUUCUAUGCAUUCCCACCAUGCUAUGCAAUCAAACGAUAUAUCGCCUAAUUCUAAUAUUAUUAACGGAGAUAUGAAAGAUGAUAAUUAUCAUGAAGAUGAUCGGCUGGUAAAACUUGGUUUAUCUCACGAUAAUUCAGAUUCACACCAUCAUCAUAUAAACGACGUUGAUAUUCACCAUGAUUUAUCAUCACAUAACCAUGAUUUAUUAGAUAAUAGAGGGCUAAAACGACACAUCGAAGAAUCAGUUAUGAGGGGCGAAAUCGGAAAAGAAGAAAACAAUAACAUAAAAUCGGAAGUUAGGCAACUAUCAAGAAAUCGAACAGACUCGUUAAGCCCGGAUAUGAAGAGAGUGAAAAGAUACAGUGAAAGCCCUUUAAACGAACAAUGGAUAAACCAACAGAAAAUCUCACCCACGUGGUAUAAAUAUAACGUCUUUCCAAACUCAAACAAUAUAGCAACUGCAAAUAGUAUGGCUGCAGCUCUAAAUCAAAUAAAUGGGGCAAUAAACUCGUUUCAAAAUAUCGCUCAAUACUCCAAUGGUUCAAACACAUUAAAUGGUCUUAAUUUAAAUGCUUAUACGUCCGGAUUAAAUAACGUGAACUCGCUAGCUACUUUAAAUGCCAUGAACUCCAUGGUAAACGGUAAUAAUACUAUGAACACUUUAUCUGGCUUGCAAAAUCUCAAUGGUCAAGGUGUAUCUUGUUUUACUCCAACUUUUGAAAGCGAUAGAAACAUAACGCAGAAUAGCCUUAAUGGAUUAGGAAACAAUACAGAUUUCAAUUGGUCUAAUAACUUUAUUGGGGUUUUGUCAGACGGUACACCAUUUCAACAAGCUGUUAGUCUUACUCCAAACGGAACUAACAGCUUAGCCAACUCAUCAUCGUUCGGAUUAAAUAUGACAUUUCCUUCGGUUAACAAAAACGUAAUGCAAGGACCACAAUCUCCAACAAACUCAGUGUUUGCCGCAACUUUAUCGUCACUGCAAGGACAGCAAAAUUUGUUUAAUUUUCACACUCAACUUCAUAACGGGAUGCAAACAGUACAGUAUCAACGUCCAGAUCAACUUGCCAUGAAAUUGAUGGGACAGUCAAUGGCUGCCCUGAGGGGUGGCCAUGUCUCACAUGGAAAUUAAAUAAAACGAAGUUGUCUUUUUUUGAGUAAAAUCCUUUCCCUGUAAAUUAAAUUUCGUAUAAUUUUUUUAUUAAUGAUUUUAAACUGAUUUAGGUCAUUUUUGUUAAA